UCUACAUUUGUUCCUAUAGUGUGGUAUUUUAAUCGACGAGAUGUCCAAUGACAAUGGUCUUGGUUGAAUAUUUCUGGAUUUCAAAAAGAUAUCCGUAAUGUAAUCUAAUUCAUUGUGAAAAGUGAAAAUUUAGUUAGGUAUGAAAAAGACGAACUCAAAAUCGGUUGUGAUAAUGAAUCGUUCGUAAAUUUAAUGCAACCAAUUAUAACUUCCUGUUCCUCAAAAAAUGAAAUAAGAUCGAUUAUUUCAAUGUUGGAGUGGAAUAAUGGGUAAUUGCUGUGCCAAAUGCCUUGGGAAACUAGAUAAAAGGAAGUACUUGCGAACAAGGUAUAAUGUGGAGCGAACUCUCUCUAUAGAGUUUGAAAAUCUUAUGGAUGAGGAGGGUGGCCCACAAGACGAGAACCCGAGACCUGUCAAUGAGCGAGAACGACUGUUGCUAAGUGAGCGUCAAUAUGAUACCAUCGUGCAUGAACAGUUAAGGAUUGAUGCUGAAAUUGAACAAAAGCUAAAUGAGCAGGAGGAGGCCAUCCGUUAUGAGGAAGAGGCUUACUAUGAAGCUAAACGUGAAGCAUCAAGAAUUGCUAAAAUAAGACGUGAUGAGGAAAAUAAAAUCAAUGCAAAUAAUCUACAGAACCAGUCCAACUCUUGGCUUGGUGAUCAGGAGGAAGAAUGGGAAGUGGCUGGAGGCGAGGAUGACUUUGAAAUGUUCCUUGAGAGUGUCAGAGCACGCUCCAUUAACACACGCCGUCAACAGCUACAGAAUGAGGGAACUCAAGAUUCCACUAGCAACUGCAGUAGCUCAAAUACCAAGGAGGCCUCUAGUAUAGAGCUAGAGUGGGAACAUGAACAAGGAGUUGAUCCCAGUUUACCCAAGCAACCAAGAUCUCGGACUGAGGAAGAACUUGCCAAACUAACUCAUAAAAACAAGCAAACAGAGGCUGAGAGCCCCACAUCCAAUGACCUUGAAUGGGACAAUGAUUUUGUACAGUCAGAUACAAUAGAAACCCAACAAUUAUUAACCAAUAGAAAUCCAGAUAGAGACAACAAUAAUGAAACAACAGCACUUCCAGAGCGGUGAUGAAUGUUGUCAUGAUACCUCUAUGUUAUAAAGGCCUAGUCACAAAAUGCUCAUACUAGUUGUAGCAGUGGUUAACACUGGGAGUAGAUAAGAAGAACUAAGACAUUCAAAUUAUUUAUUUAUCUGUGCAGUCCAUAAGUUGAAUGUAGGACAAUAUGGAUUAAUAAUUGAAAGAAUGGAUCAGUGAUUAAAGGAACCUGACAAUACUAUGUUGUUAAUAAGUGUUGUUAGGUUCGUGUCUUGGUUUGUGAUGAAGUGAAAGCAAAAAGUGGCCUUUUAGAAAUAAUUUGGUUUUAUAUUGUCAGUAAAACCUCUUAAACAGAUAUGCAUAAAUGGGAAGUGUUGAGCACACAAGUCAUAGAAGAUAGAAUGUAGAGGGUAUUCAAGUCAUGUCAUUUUAGGAUGGAUGGUUAUUUGGGAUGGGAAGGAGGGUUAGAUUGGAAAGGACAUAAGAUUGUGAAGGGGUUUCAAGACAUUUAACAUUAAAAUGGGACUCCUUAUAUAAUUGAGUCUUGAUUUAUUUAUAUUCUAUUUACUCCAUAUUUCAGUGCAACUUCAUCUGUAAACAUAUUUUCUUACUUUGCCAUAUCUUUAUAUCUGCUUACAUGUUCUCUUUAUCUCUUGCUCAUUAGUCCUGCCAUCUAUGUGUAAGGUUGACAUUAAAAUGGCUGCUAUUCAGUAAAAUUUUAAAUAAACGAUUGUCAGGGG